AUCCAAAUGCACAAAUAACUACUGAACUGACAAGAAUUAGUCUAAUCGAGUGGUUAGACUAUCAUCCAUUGAACAGUAUAAAUACUUGAAACCGUGCCGGAGAAACAAGAAUUGGGCGCAAAGAAAUCAAACUAACUCGUGAUAGAUGUGUUUGGUAUUUGACCUCGGUUGAAAAUAUUAAAUGGGAAUUUGCUUGUACGUCACUAAUUCAGAUGAAAUUCAGAUUUGUGUAGUAAAAACAGAAGGCUUACAGCAUAUGUUAUUCCUUUCCGAGAAUGAUUCUGCGAGUGUCUUUUCCUGAGUGAGCCAAUUGAAGGUGCGGACACCACUGCAUCGGGUAACAGGUCCCAAGAAUUGGUGACUCAGUGUGGAAACCAGUAUGCCACUAGUAUUUCCUUCAUUAUUGGCUUUUCUACUCGCCUACUAUGUCCUCUGAGUUUUCACGAUCUGGUACGAAGAAAAAGAGAGGAUAAUAUGGGGUCCAAAACCAUUUAAAUAGAAUUCUUGGUAUUCCACACAUCGAAAUCAGACCACCUCUUAAUAAGUGGUAGGACGGAGUAAAGAGGCCUGGCUUCUCGUUUUUAUUUUUAUAGAUUUUAUAGUGUCAUGAGUAGGCUUCGGUUCCAGCGAAUUUUCUAGUUCUGUUUGUAAUAGAGUUAAUCUGCAGGGAGAAAAAGGAAUCCAACGUCACAAACAUGAUUUAAGAAGGCAUUUAUAAUGCGAAUUUAGAUAAAAGUUAGUAUCAAUACCGCUGGUUUGGGACAUCACACUUGACAGUAAGGAAUCAUAAUUCAACAAAAUAUGUUGGGUCAAAAACCAUUUAAAUGGAAUUCUUGGUAUUCCACACACCGAAAUCAGACCACCUCUUAAUAAGUGGUAGGACGGAGUAAAGAGGCCUGGCUUCUCAAACCACUCUUCGUAUGGUAAGCUCCGUAGUUCCGGAAUUGCACGAGUAGCUGUUCUCUGUACGUUUUCAGGAUGUCCGAGUCAACUUAUAAACAGGGGCCUGCAGCCUGAACGCAGUUUUGAAGUUUAGUUCUUACUAGGGUUGCGUAUACUCUGGAGAACAUAGUAGUAUCUAACUUGGUGAAUGUCCAACUUAAAGCACAUAGGGUUCUAAACCGCUUAGGUGUGGCCUCACAACAGUGGGCCGUGGUCUUAAGAUGAUGGCUCACUAUCACCCGAAGAUCCUCGUAAACCGGACUAUGGGCACAGGCUCUUCUCAUAUGCUACAUCUAUUUACCUUUAUACUCCUAAUAUGCGUGUAGGCGCUUGGCCGCGUUGAUAGGUAUCAUCCAUCUUUUAGACCGCCUAAUCAGUCAGUCAGUAACAACGUAGAACUUCGUACGUACGUACAUCAGUUCGAGUUGCCACACCACAUUAGCACAGAGAUGCAGUGGUCGAUUGAAACUCCGUAGUGCUAGAUGUAGUGAAAUUAUAAGCUGUGAUCAGAAAAAUUAGGGUUUGAAGAUGCUAUUCAGGGAGUAUAAUCCAGAGAAAUGAAUUUGGAAAGAGGGAAAAGAAAGGGACAUGAAGAAUUCAGAAGAUUAGAGUUUGGGAGACCACAAAGAGUAGAUGAACCUGCGCCAUAGCAAACGAUUUUGAGCCAUGUCAUUCAGGGUCUCUAACCAUCGGUUGUUAUCAUCUCGUGGUCCCCAACCAGGUAGUCUACACCUACCAAAAUGACUCAGUCUACUUGUCAGUGACUUCAUGGACUUGUGCCAUAUUUUGAUCUGGCCGCCCCCUAAUAAGAACAUAUAAGUCCGCUGGAAGUGCACAUGAAUCUGCGUCUCUUGUUAUUUCUCGUCAGAUUUUUUACGUCAUCAGCGUGUGGUAGCAUCGGGGAUUCAUCUAUACAUGAGAGUUCAUUUACAUACAGUAUAAAAGGUAAAGGACCUAGGACAGUCUUGUGGUACUCCACUAAAUGCUCGUUUCCGGGUGGAGCAAUUGAAAUUCAUUCUUACCUCCUGUCUACGGCCUAUCAAAAAAUUUUAACCCACUUUAGAGAUCCAGCGAUCCCCAGAUUUUGAUGACCCUGCUUCUAAGUUUUAAAGUAUGGACGGUGCAUGAACAUCACCUACUACGUGGCUUUUACACCUGUUCGACCAAGAUUUAUGCUUGCUCAGUAGUAAGUCAUCCGCCAAUCAUUCUGAAUUGCGUUAUGCUGCAAAUAAUUCAACUUCUUGCUGUUUCCAUUCCGGCCUUCAACCCACCGGUUCACAUGUUCUUGAGUCGUGUGCCACUGUCUCGACAGCUCGUAUGGUUAAGGUACCUUUCGUGUAUAUGAUGGUCCCACCAUCGUUAGGGUUUGAUUUGUCAGCCCUACUAGGUAAGAAACUGAACAAAUGGAUCUCACUGUCAGAGGUCGGACCUGAGUGUCUCACUCUGUUCCCCUACUUUUUUGCGUGUAACUGUAAGCCAGUCAUUCACCUUAUCAUGUCUCUUGAUCUAAUCAUCCACACCGCUCAUACUUAGCGUUGAUAUGUGAAUCCGGAACUGAAACUGUUGCCAUAGCUGAAAAGAACCGUUACUCAAAUUCUUAAUUUUCCAACUCUGAAUACCGAUUCUGGUUCGCUGUCUUAAUAAGUGAGUAUCUUUACACAUGUUACUUACCAUCACGUAGUGGUAAAUAAUAUCAGAUUGGUUGGUCAGCCCUUGUUUCUUACUAAAGACAGUUAAAAGAUGUCUUUGGACUGAUUGUUCUGGAAAUGCAUGGAAUAUAUUUUUGAAGCUUAUCUAAGUGAUUUUUAUUGAGGUAAUUAGUUAAACGCUGAGAUGAAUGUCGGGAAAAGACAUGAGUUAGUGUAAUUAGAUUCGAUAUGAAUUUAAUUAAAAUCUAGUCGCUUAGAGCCUUUUUUAUCGGCCCUAAAAUUAUGUUCAGGUUUUCACGUAAAUCUCAAUUAUUGAUCUCCAAAUCCCUACUCUGUGGUUCUUGUUACUUUCAAAAUUUAUUCAAAGCAUUCUGCUUCCCUAAUUUCCUGGACGUAGUACUUCUGAAAUUCAAACUGAAGCUCUUUAUAGAAUUGUUCCCUUGCAUUGUAUGAAUCUACUUUUAAUUAAUUAUCUGAUCGAAUUCAAAAGUUUGGUUUAUAUAUUCAGUAAGUCAUAUUGUUUUAGUUUGUAGACAAUUUCGAGAUGAAAUUCCAUUGGAAAGAACAAAGUAAAUAUGUUGCUGAAUACCACACCGAUACAGUUGAGUUUUGCUCAGAUGGAUCAAUGGCUCUGUGUGGCAGUUAUGAACUAAACAGUGAUACUCAAGAGCGUUUCGGUGGCUUACUGUUAUUCAGUCGAGUUUCAACUGAUUAUCAGUAUGUUUUAUCGAGUAAUAUAUCGUGUUCUGGUGUAUUAGAUAUAAGUUGGCUAAAUGGUAAUGUCGCAAUCGGUGCAUUGGCAAAUGGUUCAACAAAACUAUGGAACUGUACUAUUGAUGGUCCCUCACUAAAUGAACUAAUAGAUUUUCCAGUAUCUGAUCAUAUUCUACUAUCUGUCGAUACGAGUUCGGAUAGAUUUGUUUUCAGUGAUUCAGGUGGGAAUAUUAGUGUGUGGAAGAUCGACGCAUCAUCCUGUUCAAAUCCUCAAUCAAUUAAUAAGUGGCCUGGGCAUGAGUUUGAAGCUUGGUGUGCAUGUUUAAAUAAAUGGAACAGUGAAAUAGUCUUCACAGGUAGUGAUGAUUCAAAAUGUUGUGUUUGGGAUUUACGUGAAGGAUGUAAAAAGCCGUUAAAUAUCAUCAGACAUAGUGUGGGUGUUUGCAGCAUUCAAAAUUAUCCUGACGUAGAUUAUUCCAUUUCUACCGGAAGUUACGAUGAUACUUUGUAUUUAUGGGAUUUACGUAUGAUUCAUUCUUCUGACAAGGUCACCAAUACUACCACUACUCCUUUACAGAAAUGUCAGUUCAAUGGUGGAGUUUGGCGUCAUAAAUGGGGUCCACAAAAUUAUGUUAUAGUCAGUGCAAUACAUGAUGGUUUCGCUGUUGCACACCUAUCAUUACGUUCACCUUUUAAUCACAAAGCAGAUGAAGAGGAUUCUGUAUAUAAAUUUCGUUCGACCAAUGGACAAUUAGCCUAUGGUAUUGACUGGUCAUUCAAUCAUAAAAUUAACCAGUUGGAAAGUAAUUUUAUGAAAUCAACUGUAGUUUGUUGUUCAUUUUAUGACAAUACUAUAGAAUUCGGUGAACUUAUUAUUAAGUUAUAAAUCACUAAUAUUUAUCUGAACCCAAUCAAAUAUUGUGUUUGUGUACAAAGUAAACUGAUAGCUGGGUAUUUGUAUUUAUAUUUCAUAUUAUUCUUUGUGUAUAGCUAUUUCUUCAUGUUAAUUAAUUGUUUUGUGUUCUGAUCUUAUACCAAAAGGUAUUUUAAUUUGUAAGUGUUGGAUGACUGUCCAAAUUUUAUGUGAAGUAUAAAUGAUAUUUCAUAAGAAUUUAGUGAGUGAUGGGCUUGGCAAUUCUUGAAAUAAUCGGGACGAAUUUUAGCUCGUUUCUAGCUAAUCAGCUAACAUUUGUUUCAGUUGAAUAGUCUAUAGGGAAGAACAAGAAUGUUAGGAUGAUUUUACAUAAUGAAUCUACUGAAGUCUUCCAUAGAUUUUUAAGAAAAAAUGACAAAGAUGAUUGUCUAUGGAAAAUCUGUCUUCCUGAGUUCUUGUAAGAACACAAAAGAGUUUCCCACAUUGUUCUUGGUUAGGGUUACGGAUUGGAUUUGUGUUUGAUUUCUGUCAGUCAGCCAUGUGAAACUAGAAUUUAACCCAUCAGUGUAUCGGUUCAGGUUGCCACACCACAUUAGCACAGCGAGAUAAAGUUAUCAAGAAAAAUUUCAGAGCAGUAGUAGUGGAAAAGAUCAGGUAUGGAGAAAGGAAGAAAAUAUAUAAGGAAAUUUUGGGAUUCAUGGACUGGAGGAAUAUAAAGAGUGAACACACCUGUGUCACUUCAAACAAUCCUGAACCAAGUCACACGAAGCCUCUAACCAUUGGUUACGAUAAUCACAUGAACCACAACCAAGUAGUCUGCAUCUACUGACAUGGCUCAGUUCGGUUGUCAGUGACGUCAUGGACUUGGGUGCACCUGGCUUUCUUUCAGUCUACUCCUGCAUCAGAUAGCAUCCCCCGUCGAGGUUGUGAGGGGGGCAAGCAUACGUAAUUCGUGCUCCAAUCACCUCAGUUAAUGAAGAUUUACUACCUUCAAUCGAUUUACCGCCUCUACCUAGUACCAUAUUCCUAACUUUGGGAUUGCUUACUCAGUCGUCUCAAAUUAUGCGGGCGAUGCUUCAAAGACACGUGUGAUCGAAUACUAAUAACCUGCGAAUAUCUUCUACUCUUAAUGGCCAUGUUUUACAUCCAUAAAACUGAAAGAAAACGAACUGCGGUGCAGUAAACUUUGGUUGGCAGACAUGUCUCCUACGCCACGAGUAGUGCAUGUUUGCAAAAACCAGUCUAACGUUUUGGAUCCGUGCCCUGAUUUCGUCAGACUAGACCAUCAAGACUGAUGAAACUCCCAAGAUAAGUGGAGUGGUUGACGAACUCAGCUAUUUCACUCUAUCAUUAAUUCAGGCGCUCAGACCUGAAGUGGAGAAUCGCAUGUCAGACAUGUUAGGACUGCUGCAUUUUGUCAGCGUCUUCGCCAAAUAGAAUUAUAUUGUCUGAGUAUUCUAAAUCAAUGAGUCUACCGGUAAUGGAUUAAACCCUGAAAAGUGAUAUGAGAUUUUUCUCUACAACAAUACUUGUGACGAAGUUAAAUAUGAGUGGAUACAGCAGUGACGACCACAUCUUAAAAUAGAUAAUCCUGAUAACAGUUUGCCAUAAGCUGUGACCUGGCCAGUACUUUCCAUCUGGAGAGUGUACACGUUUGGUGUAUAUUUUUAGUGAGCCCUAACGGGUUGAUGUCUGACGAAAUCUGCAUGGACUGAAAAAGCUCAUUUGGCUUUUGCCAAAUUACGUCACCUAUGGCGAAGGCGAGAUCUCCAUUCAUCAAUUAAGGGAUGAGCAUAUUGCGCGGCAAGUUUCCGCCGGAACUCAAAACAACAUCCAAUCAAUAUCAAAGUCAGGAUCUUCAAUACGAACGUAAAGACAGUUCUAUACGGAGCUGAAACUUGGAGAACUACCACUACCAUCAUCAAGAAGGUACAAGUAUUUAUAAAUGGUUGUCUAUGCAAGAUACUCAACAUCCAUUGACCGGAUACCAUCAGUAACAGCCUACUGUGGAAGAGAACAAACCAGCUUCCAGCUGAAGAGGACAUUAGGAAAAGACGAUGGAAAUGGAUAGGACAUUACGCAAAUCAUCAAACUGCAUCACGAGGCAAACCCUAACUCGGAAUCCUUAAGGGAAGCGGAAAACGGGAAGGUCAAAGGACACAUUACGUCAGGAAAUAGAAGCAGAUCUUAAAAGGAUGAAUAACAAAUGGGAAGGAUUGCCCAGGACAGGGUUGGAUGGAGAGUACUAGUGAGCGGCCUAUGCUCCUCCACGAGGAGCAACAACGUAAGCAAAAGGUAUACUGCACGGCAAUUCGUUCUGUUCUAAUCUACGGAUGCGAAACGUGGCCAUUUAAAGUAUAAGAUACUCUUAAGUUACUAUUAUUUGAUCAAAUAUAUCUUAGAAGUAAUGCUAGCAUCAGCUGGUAUCAACGUGUAAGUAAAAGUGAGGUUAGACGCAGAGUAUUAGGGAACGAUGUUAAAUCAGUUGAUGAGAUUGAAUCUUCAUCGACUGAGAUGGUUGGGUCACGUGUUACGUAUGCCUGAACACUGAUUACCACAAUGCUGACUAGUGUUGGAGACGGUUGGAAGGAAGUUAGGGGUGGCCAAACCAAAACGUCCAAUCAGUACUUGAGGUCACUAACUUCUGGCCUGAGCCAUGUUGGUAGAUGCACACUACUUGGUUGUGGUCCGCGCGACUAUCGUGACCAAUGGUUGGAGACUCUUGGUGACAUGGUUCAGAAUCUAUCACAACGGUUUAGGUGUAUACACUCUUGUCUUUUAUUAAACCGUGAGAUUAGAAUUACUUGGUACCUUACUUUCUACGAAUUAAUCCUUUCUGUGUUAUAUCCUUAUAUGUUAUCUUUUUUUAUAUAUUACCACCACUGAAGUAACUACUUCUAUGAAUUCGAUGUUCAUCUUGUGCUAAUGAGGUGUGGCAACAUGGGCCGACGUGUAUAUGUGCCUGGUCCUACUUUGUAGCUGACUGACGUAUUUUAGUGACAUACACUGCCACACAGUCUCCCGAAUAAUAGCGUCGAUUCGCGCCUUAAGGUUAAUGAAUACAGCAAUCAUCGGUCGCGAAGUAUGCCUAUGCCCUGAGAUCUGACAAAAAGAGAAUAUUUGGUAUUUGUAAAUCAUUCAAAGCUUUUGAUGGAUAUAAUGAUUAUCACCUACAGUCGGCUCGUUUAGGGUUAAUUCUGGGAUCGAACAGAUAAAGUUAAAUGAAAUCUUUAAUUAUCUAGGCAAUACUUCCUUGAUUUGUUGCCAUUACGGUGUUACUGAUAAUUUUGUAUGAAUGACCAAUAUUUAUUUUGCAGGAUGCUUAUAAGUGGGAUCCUUUUUGGGUGUUGUUUGCGAUUAUAACGCUGACUUUUGUGUGACCACCUAUACCCAUCGGGUAUACAUAUUAUACGCUUCCAUGUAAUUUCCCUAAUCUGAUCAACAAUUCUCCUACCUUUCGAUUAUUAAGAUAAAAAUGUGAGGUUCGGGUAAUAAAGUUUGUUAGUACAUAAACUAUUUGUAACUGAUGAUAAUCUUUUGUGUUUAUGCUCUUACAGUAUGUUAAUUUAUGCAAAAUAAUGAUUUAGCCAAUCAUGAAGGAGCACACAUUUCAUGAAAUUAUCUACUCGUUUACCUUGUUCAUUCGGUGUGAGUUGUAAUUGGUGGAUCAAUCCAACCUCACUUCCAUUCAUCUCUGUGCCUAGUUUAGCUGCCAUAUCGGGUUGAACUGGAAUGCUGUUUAGACUAAAUAUCUUGUUCAUUGUAGAUUGUGAAUAAUCACGAAUUCAUUUAUAUGAUUCUCCUCUAAGAUUGUUUAUUAUUUUGUUGCAACAAACAAAUACUACUCUUUAAAUGGGGUAAUUGUAAAGUACUGUCAAUCUUUUCAUUGCCCUUCUUUAAAAGGGAUAUAUCGGUCAGUACAUAUUAGUAAAUUUUAGAAUUAUCCGAACCAUUGUUUCUGGUGCUUUACACCAUGAAACGACCUGUCUCUAGCAUUAUGUUUAAAAAUACGUAGUUGGUUCUUGAUAGCAUUUAAAUAUUGUUAGAACUAAGUAGUAGUGCAGUCGGCACACUAAUGAACUGUGAUACGAUAUCAUUUUUAUCUUUACGGUACCCUUAGACAAACUUUAGCAUUUUCGUAAGAAUCCUAUAUGCACUUGACUAAAGAUAAGGUAUUUUUAGUGUUAUGAAAUAACUUUACUUUAACUAGUCACCAAAUAACGGUCAUCUGAGUUCUUUUAGUCUUCUAGUCGUUACAGGUCAUUUGAUCUCUUCCUAUGAUGUUAUAACUGUUUAAAACGAAUAAAACAUUUAUUAGGUUUAUUAACAAUACUCAUAUCAGGUAAAUAGCAAAAGCAAGUGUCAGUUUAUCGUCCACUUAUAUUUAUAUAUAUAUAUAUAUUCAUAGUACACAGUAGAAUAUGUAUACAGAAUAUAAUUAAUAUUCGUUAUUCAAUACAUAUAAACCUAUGUUGCACACACAGUGAAAUAGAAGAAAUAUAUCUAUUAACAUACAAAUAUGUAAAACCGUACAUUAUGAAUAAAAACAUAAAAGGUUUCCACUAGUCAUAGGUUCAACGUUCAAUAAUUUCACAUUGAACAUUUAGAAAAGUGAAUAUUCCUAAUGAUCAAAACAAGCUUUUUACUUUGUUUUCUUGAUAAAAAAAAACUGAAAAAGAGCAACAAAAUUGUUUUAGUAAAAAUUCAACACUCCAAAAUGAAAAUUAGGACAAAGGUAACGCGGAAGAUAACACCUAAAUUUGGAAAUGUUUUAUUUUGCACCACUGAAUUGUUGUAUCGGUUUGUGACAGUAGGAAAAGAUCAGUGUAAAUAGGACAAUAAAAACGAGUAACGUAAUCAUAGUAUAGUUGUAUUGAAUUAGUGUUUACAUAAAUUAUUUCGACGGCAGUCCUUCAACCAGUUUCAUAAUUCGUAGUAAAUAAGACACAUUAACAACAAAGAGUAUUCAUAUUAAGGUGAAAAGAAACUGAUUAAAUGGAGUGAUAGUAAGGAAUACAGAAUAAACAGUAACGAAUAUGACAAAAACAUUAUCAAGCCCCAUAAUAUAAACAAUUAAUAAUAAUUAUAGUAUUUAUAAUCCUGAUCACUUUUAUUUAUUGCUUUCAUAAAGACAAUUUGAAUACUUUUCUAGUUGUACUAUUUUUUAAAUGUUCAUCAGUUUUGAUUAUUUCUUUAAAGAAAAUAUGUUUGUGUGUUAUAUUGACAUCGAUUAAAUAGUUUGAAAACAACUGAACAUUCAAUUGAUCAAGUCCCAUGGGAUUGGAAUGUAACAUUUUUUUAUUAGACAAUAAUAAUAAUGUUCAUUAUCAUGUUUCAUUUGUCUAGGGACCAUUGUUCGAUUGGAACAAUUGAUUUGUUUCAAAAUAUUAUUUAAAGCUUUGUAAAUAUGAAAGUUUGUAACUUUUAAUCAACUAAAACUUUUCUUAUGCUUUAGGUUAGUUUAGUGAGCUUUAUAAAAUGUUAUUGUAUAUUAAUGCUUUCAUUUAAACCUAAUAUGAAAUAGAGAAUUAAUUAAGGAUAAGAUAAAAUUUUAUUUUUGUUUUAAUGAAUAAAUUGAAUAUGAUUGUCUAAAAUUCAAUUCAACAAGAAAAGAGGUAGUUUUAUGUUUAUAAUAUUUUGUUUUAAAUCUAACCAUGAAUAAAUAUUUAAUUUAAUAAUGCACUAUGAAAUCUUCAAAAAAACAAUAAAAUUUAUAUGAAUCAUUUGAGAAUAGGAGAAGAUAACUAUACCCAGCCGGAAAAGUCAAUUUUAUGAAAUAAAGAAAAAAAAGAAACUAUAUUUUAUGCUACCUAAUUCAUUGUCUUAUUUGUUCAAAUAUAUUAAUUCAUUAAAAUAAAACUAGACAGAAGGAGAAGAACUUCAACAAUAUGCAACUAAAUAGACAAAUGAAAUUAGAACUAUAUUAACUCUUAAUCGACAAUGAAUUUAAUGACUAUUGAUUGCCAAUAGUUUAAUUUACAAUAAAAAAAGGAUUCAUUUCCUAUUCUUGUAUCGUUUAAAAUAUAAUUUGUUCAUUGAGUUUGUUUAUCCCAAUGUGGUUUGUUUUCAGUGUCCCAAAGCUGCCUAAUUUAUGAAUAUUUUUGUCUGUGUGUGUACAAAUUAUUGAAUUAUCUUAUGAGAAUUAUCCAGUUGUGCGUACUUCAAUGAAUAACUUGAGUUUUAAUCUGGCUUGACUUCAAGAAAUAAUCCAGUUUGAGGCCAACAUCCUGUACAGUGUCCUCCACAGCGACCAUAUAUUAAUUGACCAUCCUAAAGCAGAGAAUAGAACAAGUAUCACGAAUAUAUAAAUACAAAUAGAAUUUAACAAUGAUUAGCGUGCAGCUUUCCUUAUUGAUCACUGAGCACGGUUCAAGUGAAGUCCUCGAUAUCUUGUUAAUCGAAGUGCGGAAAUUUAUGCAAAACUUCAAAGCUCUCUUAUGCUGAUGCUCAAGCAGAAAAUGUCAAGACCUUGAAACGAACAUCAGUUUUAUUAUUGCUGUAAAAUUCAAAGAUCCGGAGAAGAGAAAGGAUAGUCUUUCAGUACAGUAUCGCUAAACCGUACGAAGAAACAUGUUCGUCCAAAUAUGGAAGGUUUACAGUCUGCUAAUAUUACGUACUAUCGAGGAACUGAUUUCUCACAAUCCACGAAACGUCUGCUAAAAAAGGUUGAUAAAUCAAUGAUUCAUAUACUAGUCAGUUGGAACAAUCGAACACGUUACAAUGACCCAGGUGAGUCUGUACCC